AUGGUAGAUUCUGUAGACGAAGCUGCCGAAGACGUGGAAGAUGACUCGGAUGACGAUGUCGAUGAUGAUAUUUCCGAAGACGAGAAAGACGAGCUUGCGGAAGAGCUCGCAGACAAGGUCUCGGAAAUACUCGACAAGUUGGUAGUGGUAGGUUCAGUGUUGCUCGGCGAAGAAGUGGCAGAUUCCGUGGCGCUCGGCGAGGACGUUGCAGCGGCAGGCGACGAGGAUCCGUUUGCUGGGGAAGAAGUCUCUCCGGUGGGCGAAGAAGUGGCCUCGUUAGUUGGCGAGGAAGAUGCGGUUGCGGUCGGAGAUGAAGUUUCUUCGCUGGUGUUCGAAGAAGAUGCGGCGCCGAGUGGUGAAGAGGUUGCGCCACCGGUUGGUGACGAGGAAGCUUCGCUGGUAGUUGACGAGGUCGGCUCACUGGUUGGUGAAGAAGUUGCACCGGUUGGAGAAGAGCUUGCAGAUUCAGUCGAACUUUCUCCUACGGGGACAGGUGUGUUUCCGGGAGUCAUGGUGUUACCUGCUGGCGAAGAAAAAGUCGGCGUGCCAGCCGGUGCCGAAGGGGAAGAGGUCGGCAUGCUGACUACAGCCGAGGAAGAGGACGACGACGACGGCGUGCUCAGUGAUGUCGAGGUAGAAGAGGUCGGCGUCUGCGGUGUUGCAAUGGAUGAAGACGAUGUGCUGCUCGUAGAUUGCAACGAAGAUGCGGUGGUUGAUGACGAAGUUACCGGAGGCGUCGAUUGCGAAUUAAAUGGAUACGGGGUUGUCAAUGGCUCAGAGGAGGUUGACGAAGACGUGGGCGUUGACGAAAUGGGCAGCCCAGCAGAGCUAGCUGCUACAACCGAGCUCAUUGUUCUCACGCCAACAGUGCUUCCGUUCUGA